CAGCCCCAGCGUCUGUUGAAAUGUCGAUAUGAUUGGAAGGUGAUAUUUCCCAUUUUAGGCCAUUUAGUAACGGUUUAGGUCCAUCCCAGUUCUUCCCUCAACAUUUGAGUAUAGACCUCUAGAGACAUCUGGCUGCGCACCCAGACCUCUUGUACCACCACAGCGCAUCAACUCCCCACCAGAAAUUAUGAUAAGUCCCACCGAUGGACGGAUUUUUCAGAUGCAGAUAUCAAAGGGCUCAAGCUCGCAUUCUCACAAAGCUGCAGCACUGCCAGCGAAGCGACUACCAGCUCGGGUCACCUGAGCAACGAAUCCCACUAUGCAGUAGUAUUUGGACGGGAUCACCGGUAGACAUCAAAGGCAAGGGUAUCGCACGGAGCCUUGACUGGCAUUUGGCUACCAUGGCAUCGAAUGAUAGGGAGCGCGAAGAGAUGACCUACAAGCUCCUCGAGUGUCUCCCUCGUUCUGUGCUUGCAAGUCUGCAGCGCAGAAUGACCCCUCUGUUGCAGUUCGAUAUCAUUGGGUCCCUUCCCACAGAACUUUCUCUCCUCAUUUUCACGCAUCUCCCAGCAGCUUCCUUGCUCACCUGCUCUCUUGUCUCUAAACGUUGGCAUGCCCUCGCAGUAGACCAAGUACUUUGGCGUCGUUGCUAUGCACACGGCUGGGAAUGGCGCACGGACGUUGCCGCGCCUACCCCUUGGGACGGGCUUGGCGAUGCAGAUCCUGCGGAUGAAGAUGAAGGUAUGGGAGACGAAGAGGAGGACGAAGACGAAGGGAGCGGUGAAGGCGCAGGAGAUGUCAUCGAUUUUAUAGGGGAUGACUCAGACUGGACGUCCAUGCCGAUGAACGUUGACGACAUUGAAGCACAGGGCCUAUCACAUCUCCUCAUACCUAUCACUUCGACUGCAUUAUUCCUCCUCGGCAACUACCAUCACUCCAAUAUCUCCUCCUCCACCAACGCACAUAUCCUACGCAAUCGUUUCUGCCAGGGUGCAUAUCGCAGGCGUAUACUACCUUGUGCAGAUGCCGGUGGACACAACGCCGCAGUGUAUGCCUUUGGGGUUGAUGGUCGGUCCCCACCCUGCAGGUGCUAUUACGGGUGGUCGAAAGACCGCACUGUCCGGGAGUGGGAUCUGCGCACGGACCGCGUACGGCGCGUGGUCGUGCUGGGUUGCGUGAGUGGAGGGAGUGAUAGGCGUGUUGUUGUCUGGGACCUCGGCAAGGACAAGCUGGUCAAGGUCCUGCAAGAUCAUCUUGACAGUGUACUUUGUGUUCGUGUUAAUAACGGCAGGCUAGUAACAACAUACGGGUUUCCGUCUUUGAAGCCCCAAUUUGUGUUUCGUGCACAUCGUGCAGUACUGUUAACGCCCGUUUCCGUCGUUGGUGACGUGAUAGUGUCUGGCUCUGGCAUUGCCUCUAUCGAGUUUCAAAGCCCCCAUAUUUACAUGCAUUUGCGAAUGUUUGAUAUAGCUUCGUCGCAAGGCUGCAUUCCUUCAGCCGCGGUUCCCACCUCGACCUCCUCACAAUCGCAUGCGCAAGAUAAUAUUGCAAUGAUACCGGGACAGGGGACAGCACCAUUCUUUUUGCAUUCCUCCCUAACACGAUCCAUGCCUGAUACCCCGCGGCCAGAUGCAAACACUGUCGUGUGCCAUGCUUGUGGGUCACACGGAUUAGCUGCACGGCGUGAGCAAGAGAGACAUACGCAUCUUGUGCGAAGCGUCGCCCUUGGGGAGGAGUUUGCUGUCAGUGGGAGCUAUGAUUUAACCAUAAAGGUGUGGGACAGGAAGACAGGGGCGCUGGUCGCUGACCUGAACGGCGGCCAUACAGGAAGGAUAUUCUGUGUGGGUUUUGAUUGUACCAAGAUUGUUUCGUGCGGGGAAGAUCAGAGGAUCUGUAUUUGGGAUUUUUCUCAUGGAAUUGAUACAUCUUUCAUCAAAACU